AUGGGUGCGGCAGUUACAAGAACGGAUUUUGAAUGGGUUUACACGGAAGAACCUCACGCCAGUCGGCGUAAAGAAAUACUGGCCAAGUACCCACAAAUAAAAAAAUUAUUCGGCUAUGAUCCAAAGUUCAAGUGGAUAGUUUUAUUAAUGAUUAGCAUUCAAGUUGUUUUAAUGCAUUUAAUGGUGAAUCAAUCUUGGACGAUAAUUCUCUUAACUGCAUAUUGCAUCGGUGGAGUCAUUAAUCAUUCAUUAAUGUUAGCCAUACAUGAAAUCUCUCAUAAUUUAGCUUUCGGUCAUGCAAGACCUCUUGCGAAUAGAAUCUUUGGUAUGUUUACAAAUCUAGUCAUUGGGUUUCCAUUUUCGGUGACGUUUAAAAUAUACCAUUUGGAGCAUCACAGGUAUCAAGGAGACGAAAAACUAGACACGGAUAUUCCGACGUAUUUAGAAGCGAAAUUAUUUUGCACGACGUUUGGAAAAUUCGUUUGGUUGUUUUUCCAACCUCUUUUCUACGCUCUUAGACCCAUAUUUACGUAUCCGAAAUCUCCGACGACGUUGGAAUUGAUCAACGUCGUCAUACAAUUGAUUUUCGACGUUUUCGUUUAUUAUUAUUUUGGAGGAAAAGUUCUCGCUUAUCUCACAAUAGGAUCCUUACUCGCGAUGGGUUUACAUCCGGUCGCCGGUCAUUUCAUAUCCGAACAUUACAUGUUCAAAAAAGGAUUUGAAACGUAUUCGUAUUACGGUCCUCUCAAUUGGAUAACUUUCAACGUGGGUUAUCAUAACGAGCACCACGAUUUUCCCGCCGUACCCGGUUCCCUUUUACCGGAGGUGAAAAAAAUCGCUCCGGAAUAUUAUGAUAAUUUACCACAGCAUAAUUCAUGGACUGGAGUCUUGUACGAUUUCGUCAUGGAUCCGGACAUUGGACCCUAUGCGAGAAUCAAAAGAAAACAUAAAGGAUUCUCGACGUGA